UCAGUCAAACAGAACACGAACCAAGACCUGGUUCCCGGCUACAGGAGAAAACAAGAGCACUGAGCUGGAUAAUAACCCCGCCGUGAGGAUGCUGAGAGCCGCAGCCUUCUUCUGUCUCUCUCCGCGACUCAACUCUGGAUGCCAUCGGAUCGCUUUUAUUAAGAUGCAUCAUUUGAUCUCUGUGCACCUGCAAGCGUUUGAUUUCAUUUGAUUUCAAAAUGCGUAAAUCUAGAUUAGAAUGAGGAUGCCAAACACCUUUCGCCUGCUCUGCAGAACCCGAUUAAAUACUAUAAACGGGGGUUGAAUUGACAGAUUAGAGGCGGUGUACUUGCUUUUAUUGUUUUUAAGAUCAUAAAUCCUCUAUCAAAUAUCUGUGCAUCAUUUACUUAGCUUGCAAAUCCGAUUCGUCUUACAAGCAUCGAUCCAGGUAAAGCAGAACCAUGUUGACCAGCAUCACUGAAAGCAUCUUCUGCUGUCUGAUGGGAAAGACGACCAGUGUUGUGCUGCCGGUCAAAUCAUCCGACAACAAGCCGGCUGACGGAUUCGAGUUCGUGGAGGUGAAACCGGGUCGAUUGCUGCGCGUUCGCCACAUCCUCCCUGAACGGUCUGCUACGACAGAAUCUCAACCAGAAGCGGGCAGCAGCGUCCACUGCAAGCGCAAGAUCACGGUGUACCGCAACGGCCAGCUGGUGAUCGAGAACCUGGGAGACGUCCUCCACUCUGAGAUCCUGCAGUGCCAGAACGGAGACAUAGAGCAGUGCAGCACAGUGGAGGUGGAGCUGUCCGAUUACACCACUGCACCCUCGUCCCCUGAUUCCAGACCCGCUCCGCCGCUUCCCACCUCAGACCAGCAGAAACCGGCUCCUCCUCCCAGACGCCGGCGGAGGAGACCCAAGCGCACCGUGCUGAUCGACACCGAGCGCAGCAUCAGCAGCUGUAAGGGGACGCAUUCGGACGUGGCACUCUUCUUCAUCCACGGCGUGGCCGGCUCGCUGCACAUCUGGGGGAGUCAGCUGGAUUUCUUUUCACGGCUGGGUUACGAGGUCAUCGCCCCGGAUUUGGCGGGACACGGCGGCAGCACGGCCCCGCAGAUAGCAGCGGCGUACACCUUCUACGCCCUCGCCGAGGACCUGCGCGCCAUAUUUAAGAGAUACGCCAGAAAACGAAACAUCCUCAUCGGUCACUCCUAUGGGGUGUCGUUCUGUACGUUCCUGGCACACGAGUAUCCAGAGCAGGUGCAUAAGGUGGUGAUGAUCAACGGAGGCGGCCCCACGGCGCUGGAGCCCAGCCUGUGCUCCAUCUUCCAGCUGCCCUCCUGUGUCCUGCACUGUCUGUCUCCCUGCCUGGCCUGGAGCUUCCUCAAAGCUGGUUUCGCCAGGCAGGGCGCUAAAGAGAAGCAGCUUCUGAAAGAGGGAAACGCUUUUAACGUGUCUCCGUUCGUCCUGCGAGCGAUGAUGAGCGGUCAGUACUGGCCCGAGGGGGAUGAGGUUUACCACGCCGAGCUGACCGUCCCUAUACUGCUGGUGCACGGCAUGCAUGACAAGUUUGUGCCGAUUGAUGAGGACCAGCGGAUGGCAGAGAUCCUCUUGUUUGCAUUCCUGAAAGUGAUCGAGGAAGGCAGUCACAUGGUGAUGAUGGAGUGUCCCGAGACGGUCAACACGCUCCUACACGAGUUCUUCCUCUGGGAACCUGACAGCUCCAAAAAGGAUAUGGUUACCAUGGUAACAGCCAGCCAGACCUCAGCCGACGAGGCCCCUCCCAUCCAGACGCUCGCCGUUGCCAACAGCUUCAGCAGCACAGCAACUCUCAAGGUCAACAAGCCCCUUAACAAGUAACCGGUGAUUGAGGUUUUCGGGGUGAACCAAUCAGAAGGCUGUCGAUGGCAGGCUGUCCAACAGUCACCUUGGCUGAGAGCUGGUUUUUGGUCAGAAGGCCCAAGCGGGUGUCCAGACGGGGGUAAGAAAGAUUGACGGGUUCGAAGAGACUCUCUAGCAAUGAGGGAAAAGCAGCAGAUGGUUUUAAACCAAUAAUGGUGGUUUAUAACGUCACAACGCCUUUGUUUCUCUAUGCUACCUUUGGCCAAUAACGUUCCUUCUUGUGCUGUCUAAAGAAAAGACUGGAUGUUCGUACAGAGGAUGAAAAUCAAGUGUGACUUGAUUCCAGACAAGACUGAAGUUCGGGAAAGAGAAGAAAUUUCUGAAGUUAAUUAUUAAAAAACAAA